GGUAUUCACUCUUUUGGUGGGUUACCUUGUAUCUAAUAUAUAUUCCCAAUCGGCGUUCCUGUGAAGAGUCACUUGCCGUUACUUUUGGAACAAGUCGUUUGUAAAGAGAAAAUAUGCCAUCCGAGGAUAAAAAGAAAAAGGCUCAAGCAAAGAAAGACGCGGUCAAAAAGCGAAAUCAAAAGCAAACGCGGUCAGUACCAACGGUUUUAGACAACGAUAGUGAUGUGAAGACUGAUAAGAAUACAAAUCCUACCCCUCAAAAUGGGUUUGUAUCUCAGUCUUCGAAUCUCAAUCAGACACGUGAUGAUGACUUCGUGGGUAGUGAUGACGAAAAUAAGGAAGUACACCAGUCGUUAGUUGAAACUUUGGAAUGCUUGGAUCUUGUUAGUGAACGUGUUGCUGCUUAUCGGUCUGUUACUGGAGUCCUAGCUUCUCAUCCUGAAGCUAGAGAUGUGCAGUUUUCAAACUUGAGUAUCACUUUUCAUGGGAAAGCUUUAUUAGCUGAUACUCGUUUGGAAUUAAACAAUGGUCAAAGAUAUGGAUUGAUUGGCCCAAAUGGUUGUGGCAAAUCUACUCUUCUCGCUGUAAUAGCCAAUGGAGAACUUCCUGUACCACCUCACGUUGAUAUUUUUCUGUUGCAACGUGAAAUGACACCAACAAACAAAACUGCAUUGGAGUGCGUAAUGGAAGUUGACGAAGAACGUGUACGUUUAGAAAAAGAAGCUGCACAAUUGGCAUUAGAUGAUGAUCCCGAAACACAUGAACGUUUACUAGAGGUUUAUCAACGUUUAGACCAUUUAGAUGCGGACAAAGCUGAAGCAAAAGCAGCCGAACUUCUUCAUGGUUUAGGAUUUACCUCUGAAAUGCAAAAGAAAGAAGUUCGUCAUUUUAGUGGUGGUUGGCGAAUGAGAAUCGCUUUAGCUCGAGCUUUAUUUGUUCGUCCCGCAUUACUGCUACUGGAUGAACCAACAAAUCAUCUGGAUUUGAAUGCUUGCGUUUGGUUAGAACGUCAGCUAGUCAAUUAUCCACGGUGUUUAGUUGUAAUAUCACAUUCACAAGAUUUUUUGAAUGGUGUUUGUAACCACAUUAUUCUGAUGAACAAGCAGAGAUUGACCUAUUUCGGUGGUAACUACGAUCAGUAUGUGCGCACUAGGUGCGAGUUGGAGGAAAAUCAAAUGAAGCGGUUCAAAUGGGAACAAGAUCAGAUUGCUUCGAUGAAGGACUAUAUAGCUAGAUUUGGACAUGGAAACAAAAAAAUGGCACGUCAGGCACAAAGCAAAGAGAAAGUUUUACAGAAAAUGGUAGCUGGCGGUUUAGCUGAACGUGUCGAGGGAGAUAAGACUCUAACAUUCUACUUUCCUGACCCUGGGAAAAUACCACCACCUGUUAUUCAAGUUCACCAAGUUAGCUUUCGAUAUGGACCAGAUAAGCCUUGGAUUUAUCGUAACAUUGAUUUGGCCAUCGAUUUAGAUCGUCGCGUUGCUUUAGUCGGUCCGAACGGAGCAGGGAAAUCAACUUUGUUAAAAUUAGUCGCUGCUGAGUUGGAUCCGACUGAUGGUCUUGUUCGUCGACAUUCACAUGUUCGUAUGGGUCGUUAUCAUCAGCAUCUACAUGAAAUGUUGGAUAUUAAUAUGAGUCCAGUCGAUUGGAUGAUGCAGUGUUAUCCGGAAAUUAAGGAACGUGAUGAUAUGAGAAAAUUACUUGGACGUUACGGUUUGUCAGGGCCUCAACAAGUAUGCCCUAUUCGUACAUUAUCUGAUGGACAAAGAUGUCGGAUUAUAUUUGCAUGGCUUGCUCAAAAAGCUCCUCACCUUUUGCUACUUGACGAGCCUACAAAUCAUUUAGAUAUUGAAACAAUAGACUCACUAGCUGAAGCUAUUGAUAAUUUCGAAGGUGGUCUACUACUUGUUAGCCAUGACUUUAGACUCAUAUCUCAGGUUGCAAAAGAAAUCUGGGUAUGUGAGAAUGGUACUAUAACUCCUUGGGAAGGUGAUAUUUUCUCUUAUAAAAAACAUUUGAUGCGAAGCGUUCUAAAUGAGUCUAAAUAGUUUAUAAAUAUUCUUUGAGCGAGAUUUACCAUUAAUAUAUAUACAUAUAUAUAUAUUAUAUGUACAGCAUUAUAAAUACUCCCUGUGUCUUAAUCCUAUCACAGAUUUCUCAUUUCGUUUCUUUCCUGGAUGAAAAUAGUAACUUUCGAGAUUCAGUUGAGCUAAACUACAUUUUGACUCAUAAUUUCUUAUGUAACACUGUUAUAUUGUGUUUAUUGUUUAGAAAUAUAAAGUAUAGUGUGGGAAGUGUC